AUGGCUUUGCUGCGGGAGGACGCGCAGAGCAAGCUGAGGUCUGUAUCUGUAGACCUGAAUUUUGAUCCUUCUCUCCAAAUUGAUAUACCUGAUGCCCUAAGUGAAAAGGACAGAGUGAAGUUCACUGUGCAUACUAAGACUACACUGCCAGCUUUUCAAAGCCCUGAGUUUUCAGUUACGAGGCAGCAUGAAGACUUUGUGUGGCUGCAUGAUACGCUCAGUGAAACUGAAGAGUAUGCAGGACUCAUUAUACCUCCAGCACCUUCGAAGCCUGACUUUGAUGGACCCAGAGAGAAGAUGCAGAAGCUAGGGGAAGGAGAAGUAUCUAUGACAAAAGAAGAGUUUGCCAAAAUGAAGCAAGAGCUUGAAGCUGAAUACCUCGCUGUCUUCAAGAAAACUGUGUCAUCACAUGAAAUCUUCCUUCAGCGUAUUUCUUCUCAUCCUGUGCUCAGCAAGGAUCACAAUUUUCAUGUUUUCCUGGAGUAUGACCAGGAUCUGAGUGUUCGGAGGAAAAACACAAAGGAGAUGUUUGGUGGCUUUCUAAAAAGUGUAGUAAAGAGUGCAGAUGAAGUCCUCUUCUCUGGAGUCAAGGAAGUGGAAGACUUUUUUGAGCAAGAGAAGAUUUUUCUUGUAAACUACUGCAACAAAAUCAAGGAUGCGUGUGCAAAGGCAGAUAAGAUGACAAGAUCUCAUAAAAAUGUUGCAGAUGACUAUAUUUAUACUUCAGCUCGCUUGAACAGCCUGGCAUUAGAAGAACCCACAGUUGUCAAAAGGUACUUGUUGAAAGUUGCUGAACUCUUUGAGAAACUUGGGAAGGUAGAAGGUAGAGUGUCAUCUGAUAAAGACUUGAAGCUCUCUGAACUGUUGCGGUACUACAUGCUCAAUAUAAAAGCUGCCAAGGAUCUUCUGUACAGACGUACAAGGGCUCUUGUUGACUAUGAAAACUCCAACAAAGCUCUAGAUAAAGCCAGACUAAAGAGCAAGGAUGUCAGGCUGGCUGAGGCACAUCAACAGGAUUGUUGUCAGAAGUUUGAAAAGAUUUCAGAAUCUGCCAAACAAGAACUGGUGAGCUUCAAAGAGAAGAGAAUAGCAGCAUUCCGCAAAAACCUCAUUGAAAUGGCAGAACUGGAAAUAAAACAUGCAAAGAACAACGUCUCUCUCCUGCAGAGCUGCAUUGACUUGUUCAACAAUUAA